AUAUCGAAAAUAUGUAUAUGUGCAAAGUGAGUGGAUAGGGGCAAAGGAAAUGCCGCGUGGAACAUGGUGACAACUAUAAAGAUUACCUGCGAUGGCGUCUUCAUCCAAUCCAACUCGUAUCUCACGCCUACGCAAACGAACGGCGCCACAGCGGCAACUGUUGCAGCUUCAGCAACAGCAGCAGCAGCAGCAUCUGUUGCUACCGCCAAGGGACACAGUUUGAGCAACGAAAGCGACAACUCGCAGACAAGCAGCGGUAGCCAAACCACCAGAGCCACCCACCAGAGCAACAGCACUCACAGUGCCAAGUCCAAAUCCACGCGCUCCAAUUGCACUCGACAUCAUCGAGGUGGGGGCGUGGUAGCCACGCAGGAUACUCGCAGGCGUUACUAUUACUUUGGCAGCAAGGAUGUCUAUUGGUGCAAGCAGAGCUUGACGCGCAGCACCAGCAGUCUGGGCCACCGCGAAGCCCAUAGCACCACCACCUCAACCACCGUCAGUAGCGGUGGCCAGCUAAUUGCCAAGGCGCGCCGCCGCCCGCUGCAGCUGUGCAGUAGCCUGAGCGCCGCUUAUGCACCGCCAAAACGCAAGGAGUUCUACUUUUGUGAUAAAUAUGCAUCCGCUGCCUCCGUCAACUCCAGCAGCAAUAGCAACAGCAUCAGCAGAGGCAACCACACGGCGGCAGCAGCAACAGCAACUAAAGCAGGAGCGCAGCCAAUCGAUGUGCGUUUGCUGAACUUUCUGCGUAACGCACAGCGCAGAUUUCAAUCAGCAACGACUACAGCUGCAGCAACAACCACAACAACAACUAAGCCAAAGUCUGAAAUCAACAGCAGAAGCAACACCAAAGAACGUGCCUCAGCAAGGAACUGGAGCCCCAACAAUAAUAAAACCAGUAACAAUGACAACAACAACAGCAACAGCAGUUCCCUGCCGCUAAUAAUCAGCACCGAUGAUUGGUUUGGUUACUAUUUCAUUAUGAAGAGCUAUGGUCCAAACAAUACACAAGAAUGGAAGAUGGCUGAAAUCUCCGGCUUGUGUACAAUAAACCUCAAAUUCGCUUCUCCCAUUCGAUUACAGCACCAAACAGCAUCAGCAACAACAGCCGCAACGGCUUUACAUCUGUCAUCGCAUGCGUUAAAUAGUCAUAAUUUAAUCAACAAUCAUUCGCCAAAAUCGCCCAAUCAAACACAGCAGCAGCAGCAGCAGCAGACGACGACAAUACAACAACAACAACAUCAACAUCAACAGCAGCAGCAGCAGCAGCAUAGCAUAUUGUCAACGUUUGCGCCUGCAACGGCAACAUCAGCGCCAGCAACACAUGUCCAGGCCGAACAGGCGGCAGUAGCAGCAGCAUCUGUAACGGCAGCAGCCGUUGCCGCUGUCACCCAGCAGCAACAGCAGCAACAUAUGCAGAUGCUAGCCAACUGCGCUUCCAGCAAUAAUCUAAUGUCCUCCUCGCUGACGCUACAAGCGCCGGUUGGCGUAUUGCCGCCAAAAAGCUUAGUCCUAAGCAGCAGCAGCAACAGCGCGACCAGCAACAGCACCAACUUGCCGCCAACAGUUGCCGGCAGUGGGAGCGCCAGCAGCAACAGCAUUAACAACAACGUCGCCAACAGCAACUGUAGCACCGGCAACAGCACGACAGGCAUGUCCACGUCGCUGCACAGCUUCGAUAUAAACGGCAGCGUCGGCGCCGGCACCAUGGACAAGUGGGCAAGUGGAUCCACGACUGCAAUGAAUCAUGCAUCGCUAUCGCCUACGGGCGCACCGCAGCAACAUCACCUACGCAAAUGCGAGGUCAAACUGAAUGCAAUGCCCUGGUUUCAUGGCAGCAUAACGCGCGAUGAAGCGGAGCACCUGCUGCAGCCACGCGAGGAUGGGCUAUUCCUAGUCCGUGAAUCGACCAAUUUUCCCGGCGAUUACACACUGUGCGUUUGCUUUCAGGGCAAGGUUGAGCAUUAUCGUGUCAAGUAUCUGGAAAAUAAGUUAACUAUCGACGACGAGGAAUACUUUGAGAACUUGGGACAACUGGUUGCGCAUUAUGAGGCCGAUGCGGAUGGGCUGUGCACGCAGCUGAUUAAGUGCUUACCCAAACUGGGCAAGCAAGAGUUUUGCAUUAACUCCAAAGAGUUUGUGGAUAAGGGCUGGGUCAUACCUGAAUCGGAGCUCCAGCUGCGCGAAAGCAUUGGCAAAGGCGAGUUCGGCGAUGUCCUUUUAGGAAUAUUGCGCAACGAGAAAGUCGCUGUCAAGAUGCUCAAAGAUGAGGGCGCUGUGCAAAAGUUUCUCGCCGAGGCGUCGGUAAUGACAACGCUGGAGCACGAGAAUUUAGUCAAGUUUAUUGGCCUUGUUUUUACGAGCAAGCAUCUGUACUUGGUGACAGAAUACAUGAGCAAAGGAUCGCUGGUUGAUUAUUUGCGUUCUCGUGGACGACAGCACAUAACCAAAAAGGAUCAAAUCAAUUUCGCAUUCGAUACGGCCUCUGGCAUGGAGUAUCUAGAAGCCAAAAAGGUUGUUCAUCGAGAUUUGGCUGCACGUAAUGUUCUUAUCUCGGAGGACUGUGUGGCCAAAGUAUCCGACUUUGGUCUCGCACGCGAGGAGUGCUAUAAUCUUGACGUUGGCAAACUGCCCAUCAAAUGGACAGCGCCUGAGGCACUGAAAAAUGGCCGCUUCUCCAAUAAAUCGGAUAUGUGGAGUUUUGGUAUACUACUGUGGGAAAUUUAUUCCUUUGGCCGUGUGCCUUAUCCCCGAAUUCCAUUGGCGGAUGUGGUAAAGCAUGUAGAAGUUGGCUACAAAAUGGAAGCACCCGAAGGUUGUCCAACGGAGAUAUACGAGAUGAUGCGCCAGGCUUGGGACUUGAAUCCAGUGAAAAGGCCAACAUUUGCGGAGCUGAAAGUGAAGUUGCAGCAGCUAAACAAUGCAACAGCGUGAGAGGCGUGUGAAAUCCAAAACAUCAAUACUUAAAGUUAUAAAUUAAAAGGGAAUCAUUUCAACAACUAAUCGAAAUUUUUGUUUGAAACAAACCUUAGUUGUGGGCUGGAAAAUAAGAUUGAGACACCGCCAAUGCAUAACGAAAGCUUCAUUUAUACACUGACACUGAACGCAACAAUUUUUCGUACCAAUCUAUAUAUAUAUAUGUAAUUAUCUAGACGUAUACAACUAACUUAAAACAAUUUAUUUACAUAUAUAAUUUAUAAGAUAAGUUUUUUUGUAAGCUUAAGCGAAUAAACCCAACACAAUCAAGCAAUGUUAGUAAGUUGCUAUCCAGCUAAACGUAUAAACACAUAUGCAGUGUUGUGUAGCUUACUAUUACUAUUACAAAAA